AUGGGGUUGCAUACUCGUCUUCUCGCUGCAUUGAGCGUUCUGCUCCUCAGCAGUCAAGGUCCCGCCAUUGCGGAAGCUUCGGCCAUUCCACAUGAACCGCACACGCAAGGCCGGGAACGCAUCAGCAUCAACAGCGAAUGGCGGUUCCUGCGCUCAGAAAAUAACACAGAUGGGAUCGUGUACGACAUUCGUAAUGACACGUCCGGCAACCCACAGGUGCUGAAGUCAUGGAUCCUUCCUUCUGCGAAUGAUUUCAUCAAAGACCCUGCGGGACGCCACGAGCGGCCUGCCAGUGAUCCAUCGAGUAUUCCUAGCCUGGCAGAGAAGUCACUCGAUGAUAGUGCGUGGGAAGAUGUCACGCUGCCACACGACUGGGCUAUCAAGGGCCCAUUUUACACGGGAGACAACCCUGUCGUUCCUGGUACUAUGGGAAGACUGCCUGUGCACGGAGUUGGCUGGUACCGCCGGAAAAUCAAUGUAUCGAGUGCCGAUGAAGCGGAGUCUAUUUUUCUGGAUAUUGACGGAGCCCAGUCAUAUGCCAUGGUUUGGCUCAACGACAAGCUCGUUGGAGGGUGGCCUUAUGGGUACAAUUCUUUCCGACUGGAUCUGACACCUUAUCUGGUCCCUGGCGACGACAACUUGCUGGCCAUUCGCAUAGACAACCCGAACCACUCGUCUCGUUGGUAUCCUGGAGGCGGCAUUUACCGCAAUGUCUGGCUCACCAAGGUUGACUCGACUCAUGUUGGGCAGUGGGGAACGUAUAUCACAUCAAGAAGCGUGUCUGCUGAGUCCGCCUGUCUCGAUUUGUCUGUACAAAUCGAGAACACCGCAACGACUGAGAGUGAACGGACGGUCCAGGCAAGCACAGACGUAUUCCUGUGGGACCCUAAGACAGGGACCAAGGGACAUAAGGUAGCAAGCUUCCCGCCUGUGACUGUGAGUGUCUCUGCGGGAGACAAGCAGACUGUGAACAGCACCGUCACGGUGGCAAAGCCGCAGUUGUGGACGCCGCGAAACCCGAGCCUUUACGUCGCAGUGACAAGUCUCUUUUCUGACUCAAAAGGGCAUCCAAUUGACACCUAUGAAACUCAAUUCGGUAUUCGUUCUGUUACCUAUGAUCCCAACCAGGGCCUAUUGGUCAACGGCGAGCAUGUGUACGUUCAGGGGGUUAACAACCACCACGAUCUGGGCGCGUUGGGUGCUGCAUUCAACGUUCGAGCAGCCGAGAGACAACUCGAGAUACUGCAGGAGAUGGGCUGCAAUGCGAUCCGGAUGUCGCACAACCCUCCCGCACCCGAGCUGUUAGAACUGACAGACCGCAUGGGUUUCUUGGUCAUGGAUGAAGUCUUCGACUCCUGGCAAAAGAACAAGACACCCAACGACUUCCACCUCAUCUUCGACGACUGGCAUGAGGCCGAUCUCCGGGCCAUGGUCCGCCGCGACCGGAACCACCCGUCAAUCGUGGCAUGGAGUUACGGAAACGAGGUUGGCGAGCAGGCUUCCGGACAAGCCGGAGCCGAUAUCUCGACCAGUCUGCGUGCCAUCGUGGCCGAAGAGGACCCCACCCGACCUUCGACGGCCUCGGUCAACUCAGCCAUGCCCGGGCAGCCUUUCCCCGGCGCGUUGGAGAUCAUCAGUCUGAACUACCAGGGCGCAGGCAUCAGGAAUACCAACCCUUACUCGAACCUUAACGGCAUUCGAACGCAACCGCUGUAUCCCACGUACCACUCAUUGUAUCCCGAUAAGAUGAUCUGGACCUCCGAGUCGGCUUCGGCCCUGAGCACGAGAGGCACUUACAUCUUCCCAGUGAGCAGCGAGAUCAGCGCGCCCGUCAACGACACAUCCGGCGGCGAUCCCAAGGCGCUGCAAGUCAGCGCGUACGAGCUGUACUCGGCCGGGUUCGGCUCGUCUGUGGACAAGGUCUUCGGGUCGCAGGAGGCGAACCCGUUCGUGGCCGGCGAGUUCGUCUGGACCGGGUGGGACUACAUCGGCGAGCCGACGCCGUACGACCUCGCGCGGUCGUCGUACUCGGGCAUCAUCGACCUGGCCGGCUUCAAGAAGGACCGCUUCUACGCCUACCAGUCCCAGUGGCGGCCCGACCUGCGCAUGGCGCACAUCCUGCCCCAUUGGACCUGGCCCGACCGCGUCGGCAAGGUCACCCCCGUGCACGUCUUCUCGGCCGCCGACGAGGCUGAGCUCUUCCUCAACGGCGAGUCGCUCGGCAAGAAGACGAAGCGCCCCGGCAUCGACUACAGGUUCCGCUGGGACGACGUGGUCUACCAGCCCGGCGAGCUCACAGUCAAGACCUACAAGGACGGCCAGCCCUGGGCGGACAAGACAGUCAAGACCGUCGGGGCAGCCGCCGGCAUCCGACUGACUGCGGACCGAGCCAUACUCAAGGCCGGCGAUUCGACGGAUCUCUCGUUCAUCACGGCUGAGGUCAUUGACAGCGAGGGCAACGUAGUGCCACAGGCCGACAACGCUAUCACGUUCUCUCUAGACGGGCCGGGCGAGGUGGUGGCCACGGAUAACGGCGACCCAGGCAGCAUGGUGGCGUUCCCGUCCAAGGAGAGGAAGGCGUACAGCGGUCUUGCUUUGGCGAUUGUUCGCGCGAGCGGCCCGGUCAUCCUCAAAGCUACGGGCGAGGGGCUUGCGGGAUCGGAGUUGAGUAUCAGCGUGCUGUAG